GAACUGGUUCUCCGGCGCAGGCAAUAGCUAAUUGGACUUCUCGAUAUUCUUACGUGCUGGCGCGACUGAACUUGUCUUUGAUCUUCUGUUGGCGGGCCCUCAUCCGGUGGCACUUCCAGCUCGAUUGACGCACAUUAUGAAUGGGCUCUCAGGCAGCGUUGCCCCUCCUGGUCAACUUUAUGUACGGGCACUGUACGAUUACGAUGCCGACGACCGCAUCAGCUUGAGUUUCCGAGCAAACGACAUCAUCCAGGUCAUUACUCAGUUGGAGAGCGGCUGGUGGGAUGGUGUAAUACACGGCGUGCGCGGUUGGUUUCCCAGCAACUACUGCACGGUCAUUUCACCUCCGUACGAUGAAGAAGUUGGAAGUCAUAUCGCUACGGGCGCGGCUGAAUCAGAGGCGGACGAGUUGGAGGAGGAAUAUCACAAUCGUGGAGCAAAUCACGCAGCCAACGGCGUGGGCAGCAGAAAUGGAGCGCCGGCGAUCAGGACUCAGGAAGAAGCAGCAUUUUGGAUACCACAGGCCACACCAGAUGGAAGGCUUUUCUACUUCAAUACAUUGACUGGUGCCAGCACUAUGGAGCUCCCGCUAGAAUCUCCAUCGUCCGCAACGGAGACUGGGCCUCGCGAUCGCACCAAUGUCUUCAUUCCUGACCAAACGCGACCACCUGCCGACAUCAUGUCGGGCAGUCAUGACCGUGACGAUGAUACUGAUUAUACCUCGGCGUCGGAGGCUGAGGAAAUACCUUUCUCAACGUCAUCCAAUCGCCCUGGCAGGUCAAAUCUCCAAAACGGAGUGUCGCCCGCCGCUUCAACGGACUCUUUGAGCGAUGCCAAUGCACUGAAUUUGAGCAGAUCGGGCGUCAAUGAAUCUUUCUCGGCCCUGCAACAAGGAAUUCCGCCAGUCGGGACUACUAUGACUUCCUUCGCCAACGCAUCUGUGGGGAUGCUCAGCAACACAGUUCUACCGCGCCGCUUCUUCGAUGAUUCCCAAGCUACGCCUUUGACGUGGGAUGCCUUACUUCGACAUACGACGCAAUAUGUUUCUCGCUAUUGCGAGACUAUUCGAAAUGGGGAACGAUCCGAGUACGUCCGCCGAGCGGAGGACAUCUCAGAUUAUGUGCGCUUGCUAUUGGCGGCCGCCUCAGGCACGACAGACAAUCACUCCGGCAAUCCUUCAAUCAUUUCGAACAACAAAGCACUAUACCCGCACUUCAGAGAAAUGAUGUCUCGGUUUUCCAAACUUGUUCUUUCCUCACACAUCGCAGCGGCAGAUUUCCCCGCAGUAGAUUCGCAUCAGAAGUGCCUCCAAGAAGCAGAACUCUUCAAGAAUGGCGUCAUGGCAUUUGUCGAUGUUGCACGACAGCAGCGAGGAGAGGAGAUUCCUCGCCUGACACCAGGUUUCGUGACAGGUAGCACGACAGCAGGGAAUUGGCAGACUAACGGUCUCGCGACACACAACCCUCUGGCCAAUAUCUCAUUUAUAGACGACGAGCCAGAAUUGGCGCCGGAGCCAACGGCGAUGCUUGACAAGGCACUUCUUCAACGAAUGGAGGAGCUAAAGCAGAUGAUCAUGGCGCGGACGAGGCGUCUAGACGAGCACCUGUCAAUCCGCGAGAAGCUCGUCACACCGCAGAGACAUCGACAAAUAUCUACGACCAUUUGCAAAUCGGCAAGUCAAGUCGUUGAGACAUGUCAGCCGUUUUUGUCUGCGAUAGAGUCAAUCGAUCUCGCUCCGCUCAGUGCGCAUCUUAAAACGAUGCAACUGCACGAAUUUGCGGAACAGAAGCAAAAGAUGUACGAUGCGACCUCGGAUCUUGUUGUUGCUUGUCAAGAUACAUCCAUGCCAUUGGCCGACGAAUGGGCUGAAGUUCGAGGGCAAUCGAUGGAAGAUAGACUGAACCGCGUAAGAGGCGCCAGUAGAGAUCUCGAUAUGACCUGCGCUCAGGUUCUUCUCUGUCUUUCAGUCCUGGCGGAAUCGAUGCCUGCAGUCGAGAAAGGAAAAGAAAAGGAAGACCAUCGCCGGACUGUCAGCACCAUCACUUUCGAUCAGCAUUCGAGAAACGUAUCGACAGCUUCAAGGCCGAGUUUGGCCGGCAGCGGUCAGUCACAUUCCUUCAGCGAAGGUAGCGCAUCGACGGCAGCAUCGUCACUUGAGAGUAACAAAGUCCCGAGGUUCUUCGGAGAGAGCCCAGCAUCGACGGAGCCUACACGCGAUUCCGACGAGAUGCCCUCAUACUUGAGACUGGAUCACGAUGGCGAGCUUACAUACGAGACUAAGAACGGCGUGACAGCAUUACGUGGUGGAACAUUAGUAGGACUCGUAGAGCAGCUGACUCGACACGAUCGCCAUGACCACAAAUUCAACAACGCCUUCCUGUUGACAUAUAGAUCUUUCACAACUGCAGCAGAGCUGUUUGCGAUGCUGGUGCGUCGUUGGACCAUUCAACCACCUUUCGGGCUUUCCGGUGAAGAUAUGCAAAUUUGGACGGACAAGAAACAAAAGCCCAUUCGAUUCCGGGUUGUCAACAUCCUCAAAUCAUGGUUUGACACCUACUGGAUGGAGCCUGACGAUGAGGCCAGCAAGCAGACUAUGCAGGAGAUUUAUAAAUUCGCCAAGGAUACUGUACAGUCGACCAGCACUCCAGGAGCAGGCCCGCUGAUGACAGCCAUCGAACAAAGAAUGCGAAGCCAGGAUGCCUCCAGCAAACGCCUGAUCUUGACCAUGAGCAAUAACGCGCCGGCGCCGAUUGUUCCCAAGAACCUCAAGAAGCUCAGGUUCCUCGACAUCGACCCACUGGAAUUUGCGCGCCAACUGACGAUUCUCGAGUUCAAGCUGUACACUAAGAUCAAAGCUACCGAAUGUCUAGGUCAAGCGUGGCAGAAGAAACUCGAAGAGGGCGAGCCCGAUCCGGCCGAGAAUUUGAAAGCACUCAUUUUCAACUCCAACCAGCUCACGAACUGGGUGGCGCAGAUGAUUUUGACGCAAAACGAUGUCAAGCGCCGUGCCGCCGUGAUCAAGCACUUUGUCAACAUCGCCGACAGGUGCCGCCAACUCAACAACUUUUCAUGCCUGACUUCCAUCAUCUCGGCCAUGGGCUCUGCACCAAUCCACCGAUUAUCUCGCACCUGGGGCCAGGUUCACCAGCGCACCAGUGCAACUCUCGAAGUCCUGCGUAAGCUGAUGGGCUCGUCCAAGAACUUCAGCGAGUAUCGCGAGACUUUAAACAAGGCCAAUCCGCCUUGCAUUCCCUUCUUCGGUAUUUACCUCACCGACUUGGUGUUCAUCGAGGACGGAAUCCCGAGCAUCCUCAAGAAGACGACGUUGAUCAAUUUCGGAAAACGCAUCAAGACGGCCGAGAUCAUCCGCGACAUUCAACAAUACCAGAACGUACCGUACGGGCUGCAGCCCGUGCCGGAGUUGCAGGACUACCUCCAGAAGAAUAUGGACACCGCCAGUGAUGUGCACGAGAUGUAUGAGCGUAGUUUGGCAGUCGAGCCUCGUGAACGCGAGGACGAGAAGAUCGCAAGACUGCUCUCCGAAUCAGGAUUCCUGUGAGCACGACAAAGUGAUCACGGUAUCUCCCAUGGCUUCAUGCCCUUCAUGAUCAUAUCCUGCCGGCCGCCGAUGCGACAUGCAACAUGCAACAUGCCCAAGGCAGGCAUGCAUCUAAAAUACUCUACAACGACAAGCCACGCCCUCUAUUGAUCAAGGAGAUAGGCGUAGCCAUGAUCAGAUUCGAGUCCUCAACAUGAGCAUGAAAUUGU